AUGGCUCGCAGAGACGAUUCACCUCCCUCCACCGAGAGUAGUGGUGCCAGCAUUUCAUCAUUCACGCCGCUCGAGGAAUCAGUCCCUCACUCACCCUCGCGAACACGACACCUUCCCUUUCGAAUUCCAAAAUGGAGACGACAAGCCCAUUCCGAAGGACCUUUUCUCAAUGAAAAGCGACGAAUACAUAUCAGACAACUGAUCAAGUCAGCUAUAUUAAUUUUACUUCUCACUUCUCUUGCCAUUGUAACAUGGCUUGCCCUCAUACUCACUGUUGCGAAUCGACUUCGAAUACCUCAUCUCAACAAUGGUCUCCAAAAGAUCUUAGAAACAUAUCACGCACCUAACUCUACACACGCAGCAUAUCCAACAUGGGUUGAAGACUUUAGCAGAGGAGUCAAGCCAGUAUCGUGUCACUCACAUAACGACUACUGGCAUCGAAUACCCCUCUAUGAAGGUCUCGCUGUCGGUUGUGUUGGCACAGAGGCAGACAUCUGGAUUGGCAACCACGGAAAUGGAACGGUUGACCUCUUCGUAGGACAUAACCAGAAGUCCUUGACUCAAUCACGAACACUGAGGACUCUGUAUCUCGAUCCUCUCUACGACAUUCUUUCCAACCAAAAUACUCUUUCAUCAAGUCUGCCAAAUGUCACAAAUGCGACGGGAACGCAAGACGCCGUCAGCGGUUCGCCAACGGGCGUCUUCUCAACUUCACCAAGUACUUCACUUAUCCUCGCGUUGGACAUGAAAACAGACGGACACGCAACAUGGGACACUGUCAUCGCUCAACUUGACACUCUUCGCGUCCAAGACUGGCUUACAUACUGGACCCCAUCGCAAGGUGUUGUUCAACGACCAAUUACUAUCGUGGGAACAGGAAACACACCUUUCGACCUUGUCAUAUCGAAUUCAUCAUACCGAAACAUAUUCUUCGAUGCUCCACUCACUUCGCUAUCUGACCCGAAUACUCCAUAUAACAGUAACAACUCUUACUACGCAAGCUCAUCCAUAAAGGCUGCUAUUGGCACAGUGUCAUUUGGGAAACUGAGUGGAGGGCAGAGAGAUAAGGUUACAGCGCAAGUGGAUAAAGCGAAUCAGUUGGACUUAAGGAGUAGGUACUGGGACACAGUCAGCUGGCCGGUAGGGUGGAGGAAUCGGGUUUGGGAACAACUUGAAGACCUUGAAGUAGGGAUACUGAAUGUUGAUGACUUGGCUGCGGGCGCAAGGUGGGAUUGGGAAAUGUGUGUUGUGGGUGGUGUAAAUAUCUGUAAUUCGUAG